CCCCUGUCUGAGGGCGGAGGCGUCGCGGCGGCAGGAGCCGGCGGAGCGGCCGCGGUUGCCGGGGGCAGUUGGCUUCGGGCCGCGCCGCUCGCUCUCCCCUUCUGCCUCUCUCCCCUUCCCGCAGCGCGCUCGGGAGAACCCGGGGGAGAGAGAGGAGAGAAGACAAGACACCGACUCUCCGGCGGUAUGAACCGGCCUCACCGCGGGGCUGCGGGCAGCCGGGGCCUGAGCACCAUGGAGGUGAAGAGCAAGUUUGGAGCAGAGUUUCGACGAUUUUCUCUGGAGAGAUCCAAACCUGGAAAGUUUGAGGAGUUCUAUGGAUUACUGCAGCAUGUGCACAAGAUACCAAACGUUGAUGUUCUAGUGGGAUAUACGGACAUUCAUGGAGACCUCCUGCCUAUCAAUAAUGAUGACAAUUACCACAAAGCAGUUUCCACAGCCAAUCCUCUACUCAGGAUUUUCAUUCAGAGAAAAGAAGAUGCAGACUACAGUGCCUUUGGUACGGAUACAAUGACAAGGAAGAAGAAUGUCUUAUCAAAUGUGUUACGUCCGGAUAACCACAAGAAGAAACCACACAUUGUCAUUAGCAUGCCACAAGACUUCAGACCAGUGUCUUCUAUUAUAGAUGUAGAUAUUCUUCCAGAAACCCAUCGUAGGGUGCGACUCUACAAAUAUGGAACUGACAAACCCCUGGGUUUCUAUAUACGAGAUGGCUCUAGUGUCAGAGUAACACCGCAUGGCUUAGAGAGAGUUCCAGGGAUUUUCAUAUCUAGGCUUGUCCCUGGAGGUCUGGCUCAAAGCACAGGCUUACUGGCUGUUAAUGAUGAAGUACUGGAGGUGAAUGGAAUAGAGGUUUCAGGAAAAAGCCUCGAUCAAGUUACAGACAUGAUGAUUGCAAACAGCCGUAACCUGAUCAUUACAGUGAGACCAGCAAACCAGAGAAAUAACGUUGUGAGGAACAGUCGAACUUCUGGCAGCUCUGGUCAGUCUACUGAAUCUAGCCUUCCAAGUAGCACACCAAAUAUUUUAGCAAAUUUCUUGCAAGGCGAAGAGGAGAGUGAUGAAGAGGACAUUGUUAUUGAAGGUAGUGGUGAGCCCCAGCAGAUUCCAAAAGCCACACCUACCAGCGAAAGCCUGGAGUCCUUGACGCAAAUUGAACUCCUGCAUGAGUCAACACAAAAUGGAUUCCUGCCUUCCAGUGAGGUGAACUUGAAUCAUUCAGCAGGCAACAUUAGCAUGGAAUAUGAAGUACAAGAGCCAGAUCAUAAGUCAUUAGAAGAAGAUGGAACUAUCAUAACGCUAUGAAAUUACAUUGGUGUACUUUGUAUUAAGUAAAGAUGCCAUACAUGUUUUAACUUAGCUUAAUAUGUAAUAUGUUUUAUACCUCUCUGUCUACCAAGCACUGCAGUUAGAUUAAAAGGAGGGGGAAAAGUAAAUACAAGAAGAUCAAAAUUAUGUAAGUUGACUAACUUAAGUUAAUUCUGCACUUCAAUGUAAAUACUUCAAAAAGACAGAAGAUAAUUGAUAAAAGACAGAAAUAGGAUGAGGAAAAAUGAAAUUGAAAAUGAAGAAAUGAAGGAUAGCUAAGAGAUGGCUGUGAGCUUUCUUUUAAAGGUACUUUUUAAAAAUUUUUUUUAAAUUUUUUUUUUUAAUGCUGAAUACUUCUGGUUCUAUGGAAGUAAACUUCCAUUCUUGUGUGAGGUUGACUAUCUAAUGUACUCUGGUUUCAUGUUCAUCUGAAGUGCUGCUUUUGUAUGAGGGAACUGCUUUAGCCACUUCAUUCCUGUUCUGGACUGUUAUGCAGCUAUUAGAGCUGUUUGUGUGGAUCUGUGCAUGAGGAAACUUAAAAAUAAGCAGGAGGUGGAGUUGAAAAGGGGUGUUGGUUGUUGGUCUAGUUCCCUGAAUGACACAGUGAGCAACAGGGAUAUGCAACAGUGGUCAGCAACUUGACAACAGUCAGGAUUUGAAGGUGCAGGCUUCUGAUGUUGGUUGUUCUUUUGUAAGUGAAUGUGCAGCCACAGGCUCAUUAGUAAUGCACCUUGACAGUUUCUAAUGGCCAGAUAAGCUUACUUUUAAUUACUAUGAUUAUGAAGUUCAAAUGUGAAAGUCUUAACACUUAUGCAUCAAAGACCUGUUCUCAUUUUAAAAUGUUUGCAAUUAUUUAAGGGUAUCAUUGGAUUUAGUUGUUAAUCCCAGUAUAUUUCAAAGAAACCAAAUGUAAACUUAAGUGCUAUGGAAAUAACAAAAUAAUUUGUUAAAAUUACAGUCCUAGUAGAAGCAGGACGAGUUUCUACUAGCAAAGGUUUGUUACAGUGAGUCAAUUUUGUGAAAAGUGACUUUCUUCAAACCUAAACAAGUUAGAGUGGCUUAAAAUAAAUCCUUGCAUUAAAAAAAUGGUUUAAGUCUUUAUUAGGGCUUUAAUAAAACUUGCUUGAGCCAGGUGACAUUAAAUUAUUCAUUAUAAUGAACUAAACUGUAAAUGCUGAUAUUUCUGUGUACCACUGGCUGGGUGCUUUGACUAUUACAAAGUUGCUAUAUGUAAAACAAAAUACAGAUGACAAGUCCUGAUACUGCACGUGCAUAGGUAUGCAUGUAAUCAGCUGCAAACCUCCUAGGAGAACUGCAGGGAGAGGCUUCCAGCAUUAUUUUUACUCUUUUAGUGUCCCCUGCUUUUCCACUUUGGCACUCAGUUCCUGGUGUGAUCUUUCUCUGGGAACAUUAAACCAUGGCAGGAAAAUGAGAUGGGGACUGAUAGGAUUAGGGAGGAGGAUGGAUGGAGCUUCUCACCAGUGGUCUAUAUCAAUGUUUAAUAAAAAAGUAGGAUGCUACCAGUUCUGUACUGUGGUACUGUGCUUACCAGAGCCAGCAGUCUGGGUUCUUGGAAGUAUGUUCUACCCUGUGGGGAGAUCCAAAGUGUGAGACUAACCCCUUUCUUGUUUUCCCUCAGUCUGUCUUGAAGGAAACAUCUACCUCUGGUAACUUUACUAACAAGAGACUAACUGUAAGUUUAAUGUUAAGGCAUCUAUAAAAAAAAUGCCUAUAGGAUAUUGGAGGCUAAACAAAAUUGCAUUAGAAAUUACUGCUGUUUGAUUUUACUAAAUGCAAAUUAUAAAUUCAUAUCUCAUGAGCAGUAGAAUUUUCAAGCCUUCAGUACCAUUGGAGUUCAUCUCGUAGAUUUCCAGAAAGGUAUUCACGCCCUUUUUGAUUAAUGGAGAAUAAGCAUGAGACAAUGGUACUCUGCAAAUCCAGGUUAGAGGCCUGCUUUGUCAGAUUUAUUAUGGUUUCUUCAGUGUGCAUGUAGACAUGCCCUGAAAUCUUUUCCAACAUGACCAAGAAUUUUUAAGUGUUUUACUUACUUUGCUAAUAAUUAAUAAAAAUGAAGUAACUGUUCACUUAGUGUGAAAUGAGAAAAUGUUCAUUCUGCAACAUGUAGAUUUUAAAUAUACAUUUUCUGUCAGUGCUGCUCUAUGCUUCCUUUAUUCAAGGAAGAUUGUUUACUUUAUAAUGUCCUUUUUUUUCCUUUAUCAAGACUUUCCUUCUUGUAUGAAAUCAUCUGUGGAGGGUGACUUUCAUUUAUUAUGCUAGUUUGCACUUCUGUGCCUUUUGUUUACUUGAAUGUAUUAUUAUCAAAGGAAUAAAGGCACUUGGAUGAGGAGAGAAUGAAGUCCACAGAUACAGAAAACGAACUGGUACUGCACUUAAUACAGGUGUCAUGUUUUCAUUCAGUGGAAAUACACAAGUCUAACGUGCUAUGUUAGUAUUUUGCAGCUUGGGUAAUAGCUUUGAGCUAUUAACUUGCACAGGAGGAUUGAGUCUGGGAAUUGUAGGGUUGCAAGGUAACUUAUUGCUGAGGUAUGAACACCCAAGGUUAGUGUGCUGCCAAACUGUGUUACCUAAUCUGUACUUCCAACAGAUGCAUGAAUAUUUUGAAUAUAUAUGCCAGUAUUAAGGACUUGCAGAAAUUUAAGUAGGGUCCUACUCGAAAUUGCAUGAGAAUUCAUCUCUGAGGACCUUUCCUGCAAACUGUUGCAUCUAAACAUGAGAUUAUAAUCUUUUUGACACACAUGUUCUCUUUUACAGAAAUUUGGUGACAUGUAGUGAAAGUAAGCAUUUGGGACUUCAUAAAAGCAUUAAAGAAUAAACGUAAAAAUGGGGUUUUAAAGAUGUGUAUUUACAGUUACAAUGACAGACUGCACAGCAUGUAAUUGCUUAAUGCUGCAGUUACCAUAAAGUUCCUAAAGCUCUUCCAUAUCUUACUAAUGCUUACACUGUUAAUUAUGAAAUAUUUUAAAUUCUUACUUCAGGAUCAUCAAUGGUUGAUUAUGAGUGGCUAAACUUAAUUUUAUAUAGAAAUGGUACUGGGGUUCAGUAUAAGGUUUUUUAAAAUUUGCUGAUAUUGUUAGCCUUUCAUUCACUACCUCCUCAAUUUUUAACAUCUUUAAAAUUUUCUCCUUGGAAGAAAAUAAUUAAAGGCUUGACUGUUUUAUAUAGAUUUUAUCUUUAGCUAAGAAAACAAAAAAAAAGAAAAAAAAUCCAAAAGUAAUAGUGAGGAUGCUACGCAUGACUGACAAUAUUACGCUGCUAUUAAUGUAAUCUUUGUGUAUUAAGUAUCCUGUAUAUGUAAAUUGUAUUUUCAAUCCAGAUUUUAUAAAUUAAUUUAUAAAUAUCCAAAUUAUUUCAAAAUGGAAUGGGAAAUUAAAAUUCCUUUGACAAGUGUUAUAUGUUGUGUAAAUGCACAGUGGGGAAACAAGUCAUUCCUUACUUACAACUGGGAGAUUUAAGUGCACCUUAAUAGGAAAAAGAACAAAUUCUUAAUAGAAUUGAGAUGCAUUUACUCUGAAGUUGUGUUAUGGUACUGGAUAAGUCAAGCCUAACUGUGAAUCUUUUUUUUUUUUUUUCCACAGCUGAAUUAAAUUUAGGACAAUGUUCUCACAAGCUGUCUUUAAUGUGUAUUUUUGUGAAUAUUAUGUAUUUUCUAAUUAAAUUUUACUUGCAAUGUGAUUUUUACAUGAAUGAAUGAACUUGUUUAAAAUGUUAAAUAUCAGUAUUUUUCUUACAACUUUAAUGUAUAAUGUACAUUGAUAUCUCACUGAAUGAAGAUUGAUUUUACAAAAUCAAGCUAGAUGUAGUUGUACAUUAGUCUUAUAUUUUUACAGACUGGAAUAAUAAAUGGAUAU